AUUGGAGUAUUUGGUUGUAUUAAGUAACACAUAUAUUCAAUAAAAAUGAGGGCAAACGUCAUCAUUUUGUUUCUUGCAACAUCCGUUGCACAUCUCUGCAACGCUGAAACCAGCGUCGUUAUUCUCCACGAAGAAAUAUCAAAAACUUCACCCCUGGAACUAACAUGUGGCGAUGUGAUUACCCUUGGAGGAAACGACACUCUAACAUGGAUGUACACCAAUUCCAGUAAUGUGAACCAGACGCUAACUGGUCAUAAUUUGUAUAUUAAUGUCACUGACAACCAUGCUACUGGAGAAUAUGUGUGUUACCUAAAUGGAAAAGAGAAGAUUGCUUACACUGCUGCAAAACUCACUGAGCCAGAGAUAUUGAACACCAGGACUUCCAUCACAUACAAUGAAGGAGAUACAAACAGAAAGAUCACUUGCAAGUCUGAGGGUUCGUAUCCUGAUCCAGAAUUUACCUGGACACGUCGAGGGGAGUUGGAAGGAGAAGUCGCAAUUCUCGUGACCUCGGAAACCAAUCCUAAUUAUGUGAUCACGAAUAAUGGUACAAGGUCUGUUCUCAAAUUCUACAACGUCACCUAUGAGGAGAGUUCCAACUUUAUCUGUUUCGUUCAGAAUGUUGCUGGGAAUGGGACUGUUGAGGUUCUCGUCAGAGUGAAGGAUAAAUACGCUGCAGUCUGGCCUUUCCUUGGAAUCGUAACGGAAGUCGUGAUUCUGAUUGCUGUGAUUUUCUUGUACGAAAAACGAAGCAAAAAUGCUGAAAGUAAGGAAGAGGUGUGUGUCAAUCUUGGUGAGGAUGAAAAACUGACCACUGAAAGCGGAACAGAAGUAAGAAACAGGAACGGAGGAAAAUAAACGACAAACUGAUUUUAUAAAAUUAUGUUUUUAAAAACGUUUGUGAAUAAUGUUAAUUGCUUUAUACACCGUCUUCACACUUCCACUAUGAGCAAGGAUUUUCUGUAAGCAGUGACUGAUACAGGCAGGAUAUUGUUUGAAAUACUUCAAUCUUUUUAUCUAGAGAAGUCUACUCUAUUCAUACCAUAGGUUUCAAUCUUUAACAGGAGAAACUUAAAAUGAAUAAAUAAAAUUGGCCAUUUUAUUAUGCAACAUGCGGUCAUAUUCAAGUCAAUCUAUUGCAGGAUUCCCCAAACUUUUAAGAUCACAACCCUUUCCAAUAUAUUGAAAUUUUUUGGCGCCUGUUUGAGCGGCGUGCUACAUCUCGAGUCUUAUGAUUAAAGGCGGCAUUGUUUUGCAGGCGCGCCGCUUCUCUGAUUCUAUGUAUUUUCUCUAGCAUUCAUGUCUUGCACUAGUUUU